UAAAGAGCUUCUCAGAGUGGCUCGCUGUACAAUGCAGGAGGAUUUUUGACACGAUGGCGUCUGAUUCAAACAAGUUUUCAAAUAAGUUUAUCACCUUGGCUCUGCUCUUCUUGUCACUGGCAUAUUCUUCAGCCUCAUCCCUAACCAAAGAGGGCAUCGCCCAGCAUCCAGUUACACUAGUUCGUAACAGAAGGCAGAGCAAGUGUCAGAAUGGUGAAUACGAGCAUAAAGGGAUGUUGUGUUGUCAGUGUGGUGCUGGCCAGCGGCUGGUGAGUCACUGCACUAAAAAUGGAAGUUAUGCAGUAUGCGAGCUCUGUAAAGAUGGCACGUUCAGCAGUCACCCUAAUUUCCAGGAGAAAUGUGAGCCGUGCACAUCCUGUGGCCAGACCAAUGCUAAUCUAGAGGUGAAGGAACCCUGUACCCCUGCCCAGGACACUAAAUGUGGAUGUAAAGAGGGUCACUAUUGCAGCAGUGGCACGGAUGUUUGCAGACUCUGCCAACCUUGUGAAAAGUGUGCUGAUGAGGGAUGUAACACAGUCUGCAAUGUCAAAACUAAUGGGUCAUAUACUGGGAUAAUAGCUGGCAUAACUGUCCUGAUGAUCAUUGUGGUAGCUGUGGUAGCUGUGGUAGCUGUGUUUGUGUGUCGGAAGAGAAAUUUGAAGGGUACACCUGAAUCCUCACCUGGAGGCGGCCCACCAAACGAUGUGGAGAUGCAGUCUCUUAAUGUUCCAGAUAUAGAGCCUCACCUGCCUGACAUUGCAGACGCGCUUGGAUGGAAGGAUAUGAAGGCUGUAGCAUCACGGAGUGGGAUAUCACAAACUACUAUUGAGUCUUGUAAACUGGACAAUCCAGGUGAUUGUCGGGAGCAGACAGAACAACUACUACGGAUCUGGGUGGAGAGGCAUGGCUCGGAUAGCCCAGGAAAAUUGAUCCAAAUCCUAAAAAAUAGAGGCAAAAAGAACAAAUUAGAGAAGGUGAAGAUGAUAUUGGAUGGUAAAUUGUGAAUUGUGAGCACUUUGAAUAUUUGCACUGCUGCCUACUGAACAAAUGACUUUUUUUUUUUCAGACAAAAAUGUGGGAUGUUUUAGGUGAGGGGAAAUCAUUAAGAUCAAAAUCAUACUCAUAAUAUAGUACAGAGAGCAUAAACUCAAAGUCCGAAAUCUUUCAGGAGUGUUAAUUACAUUUGCAGCCCUCCCCAGGCGAAUGUUUAUCCAUGUGCUUAUCCACACAGACAUUUUCUGGACGCAAAGUCAAAAAUAUCAUUUACAUCACAGUAAGAUGUCUUGAUAGAAGGCUAAGGUAGGCAAUAUUUAGUUCACUGUAAGGGAAACAAGAAACAACAUCUAUCUGGGUUUUAACAGACCCAUGUUUACUUUGCAGAGAAUUUUGGCAAGUUAAGUACCUUCCAAACAGAAGUUGAUGAGCAUUUUAGAAAGCAACUCUAACAUGCAGAUCUCAAUGUCUGCUGUAUGAUUAUUGCAAACAUUGCUUAUUUUCUAAUUAAAUCUUCUCAUUUCCCUGUCUCAAUGUAGGAGCAACAGGAAGGGACUAUUGUUAUUAUCCACCAAUUAAGGAACUGCUCCAAAAUUUUUUUUCCUUUGCUAAUCCCCUUUGUACAAUCAAACAUUAUUUAAACUCACCAUGGUGAGAAACCACAAAGUUGCCAAUGUAGUGAGGGCGCCGUUUGCUUAUUGCAUUUCAGUAUUGUCUAUUGUAGAGCAGGUUAAAACUAUAAUAUGUAACUUUUCCACUUUAAAUUGUCUAAAAUAGCAAGACCUAUUUUAUAUAUUUUGUUUUGCAUACAUUUUCCCAAAUGUUUUCUAAAUUCAUGAUUUUUUUAACAGUCCAUUUCAUUUGGUCGCCUGUCAAAGGCGUCACAUCCCCUAUGUGCAUGUGUUGGUAUUGUGGUUGCCUGUCUGAAGAGGUCAAAAUUGACUUUGGUCUUUUUCAACUACACUAUAUUACCAAAAGUAUUCACUCACCCAUCCAAAUAAUUGAAAUCAGGUGUUCCAAUCACUUCCAUGGCCACAGGUGUAUAAAAUCAAGCACCAAGGCAUGCAGACUGUUUCUACAAACAUUUGUGAAAGAAUGGGUCACUCUCAGGAGCUCAGUGAAUUCCAGCAUGGUACUGUGAUAGCCGUGAAAUUUCCUCGCUCCUAAAUAUUCCACAGUCAACUGUCAGUAGUAUUAUAACAAAGUGGAAGCGAUUGGGAAUGACAGCAACUCAGCCACGAAGUGGUAGGCCACGUAAAAUGACGGAGCAGGGUCAGCGGAUGCUGAGGCGCAUAGUGCGCAGAGGUCGCCAACUUUCUGCAGUCAGUUGCUACAGACCUCCAAACUUCAUGUGGUCUUCAGAUUAGCUCAAGAACAGUGAGUAGAGAGCUUCAUGGAAUGGGUUUCCAUGGCCGACCAGCUGCAUCCAAGCCAUACAUCACCAAGUGCAAUGCAAAGCGUUGGAUGCAGUGGUGUAAAGCACGCUGCCACUGGACUCUAGAGCAGUGGAGACACGUUCUCUGGAGUGACGAAUCGCGCUUCACCAUCUGGCGAUCUGAUGGACGAGUCUGGGUUUGGCGGUUGCCAGGAGAGCGGUACUUGUCUGACUGCAUUGUGCCAAGUGUAAAGUUUGGUGGAGGCGAUAUUAUGGUGUGGGGUUGUUUUUCAGGAGCUGGGCUUGGCCCCUUAGUUCCAGUGAAAGGGACCAAGAGACUUUGGACAAUUCCAUGCUCCCAACUUUGUGGGAACAGUUUGGGGAUGGCCCCUUCCUGUUCCAACAUGACUGUGCACCAGUGCACAAAGCAAGGUCCAUAAAGACAUGGAUGAGAGAGUUUGGUGUGGAUGAACUUGACUGGCCAGCACAGAGUCCUGACCUCAACCCGAUAGAACACCUUUGGGAUGAAUUAGAGCGGAGACUGAGAGCCAGGCCUUCUCGUCCAACAUCAGUGUGUGACCUCACAAAUGCACUUCUGGAAGAAUGGUCAAAAAUGAUAAUAAACACACUCCUAAACCUUAUGGAAAGCCUUCCCAGAAGAGUUGAAGCUGUUAUAGCUGCAAAGGGUGGACCGACGUCAUAUUAAACCCUAUGGAUUAAGAAUGGGAUGUCACUUAAGUUCAUGUGCAAGUCAAGGCAGGUGAGCCAAUACUUUUGGCAAUAUAGUGUAUGUAUUUUGGAUCAUUUUAUGUAUUUUGGAUCAUCCUGCUCAUUCGCUGUUCACUGCCAACACAGCCUUUCAACCAUGUCCUCCAUGCCAUCUCUAAUGUCCUUGGAAGACUAGCCAUGUACAGAGUAAAUCCAAGGGCUAAUUUAAUUUUUGCACCUGCACUGUGCGUGUUUAAUGUAAACCAACCUCUGCAGCUACUUAGAGUCAGAUGCUGAGUGCAGUGAAAUACAAGCUUAUGCCACGACAGCAGGGUAGGAAUAAGAUUAUCCUUAAACCAUUUAAGUUUGUGCAAAAACAGUUGCAAAUAAUCAUAAUGAAAAGUAUUUUAUACGACUUUGCUUAGUCAUAACAUAAUCACCAGUACUGUCAAAUGAAAUUUCCCUUUUAUUUAUAGUGGUUUCGUUGCUCAAUUCAAGUUCCACAUUCUGUAAAACAAUGAAGUAAAUCGCAUUGACAAGAAGUUGGGAUUGUGGAAACUGAUCAUUACUUUCUGUAAACCUUUGGGGAAACAAAUCAUUAAUUGAACUUUGAGAUCUAAAAACCAGUUUAACACUUCGUUUGUUUCUUGACCCAUAAAUCCAUGAGGAAGGAAGCCCAUUACUUUUGCCCCAUGUUAUUUUGGGGAUGCUCAUUUGGCUGUCUACUUUCAUUUCUCAUUAUCACACUGGAACCAAAUUUUAACAUUGGGUAGUGCUUAGUUUGCUCAGUGUUUUUAUUUGUGCAGCAACUCCAAAUCAUAGUCUGUGCAGUGUCUCUCAUUUUCAAUAUCAAGGAAAUUCAGUUUUACAUUUAUUUGUUUUAUAUAGACUAUAUGAGAAUGAAAAAUGGAACUGGAAAUUUGGAGAACUGAAUAUAUGCGCAUAUAUCAGAGACAGAGUUUUUGUAAAUAAAAAAAAAGUAACUUGUAUG